GCAUGCUAGCAUAAGAAAAAUCAAUGACUAUCGAUAUUAUUCUCUAAUAUGAAGGGGAUAACAGAUCGCAAAUUCUAUUUUUAUCCAAUUGAGAAGAAAAAGCCAACGCACUGAUCUUUUUUCUUUCAUGCCACUUGAUCCAAAAUAGCUUUCGUCUGUGCUUCGUUGAUCUGUGAAUUGAAAUCGCAUGGUCUAAUAUUAAGAUUCAACUUAUAUCAAACUGUUCAUCUUAGGGGGCAAGUGAACAAAUUAGGUGAUUUAUAAUGUAGUGUAUUUAACUGAGAAAUGUAUUGAAAUAAUAUCGAUCUGUGAUAUAUAUUAAACCUUGUUUUACUGAUUGCUUUAACUGCACAGGUAUGCUUCCCUGGCAUGGUGAUACUAAUUACAGAUUAAUGCCUGUUUCUCCAUAUUUGCAAAGGAAUGCUGGUUUCCUCAAAUAAUUUGAACGCAAAUAGAAUAGGUUUGAACCAAACCCAAAGUUAUUUGCUUAACUAUUGGCAUUUUAUUAAUGCUGCAGAGGAAACUAGAAAGAGAAUUUGUUCUAUACGGUGGAGCUCCACCAGCCUCUGGCAUGAUGCCUGAUGAAAAUGAUGAGGACAAUGGGCAGGACAAAGAAAGAGAACCGAUUCCAUCAGUUACUGGAACAACAAUGUACGAUAAUGGCGACAUGAAAGUCACUGUUACCACUAGUGAAAUUUCCCGGGAGGAAGAGGACUUUACCAACGAAGAAAGGACAUGGGCAGCAGUGCCUAGAUUAACUGAAGCCUCAGCAAAGGACAAGAGCUCUAUACCUAUGAGUAAGAGUACAUCGUUCAAGAAAGUUGCGAAGCACAAAUCACGAGGAAAGCCACGCAAUAAAAGAGACAAAACAAAAGGGAGGAAGAACAAAAAAAAAUCACGUUAGCUGUCAUUCCUUCAACCCGAAUCUUCCAACUGAUGGGCGCCUACAGUUUUGCAAUCCAGAAUCUGAACAUAAACGCCUGAUUCUACAAUUUUUAGUGCUUAUGGAGUUGUAUAAUGUUCAAAUUCUACAAUUUUGGUUGCCAACCUGAUAGGAAGAGGUUGGUUUUGUUGUCUAGUUCAUGUGAGUGACUGUAAUAUUAAGUGAUUUUAAUAUUUUUUUAGUAAAA